CAAUCGGUGUUUGGCCCGUGACGCUGCUUGUACACGUAGCCUAGUAGGAUGUGUUCAUUGAAGAUGGUGGCGGUGUGUCAGAGUCACUGUCCUGCACAUUUGUAAGAAUAUAUUUGUAUCUGUAUACAUUUCCGACAUCGGCUUUGCCUGACUUAAAUCUCUUCAGUGACAUCUACUAGAGUGAUCUGGUCCCAGGACCUGUGUGCUCUGCAGCCAUGCAGCCCCCUCCUCGGACUGGACCUCCAGGAGCCUCUGGCCCUCCUCCCUCUGGACCCAAUAUGUUCCGCAGGACCAGGCCUCACAAGCAUACAGCAGCAGCUCCUGCCACAAUGCCACCGGCUGCACAACCGAUGACAGACCCUUUUGCUUUUGUUAGAGCUCCUCCCCCUAUGGCAGCAGGUGGUGUUCCAACAAUACCUAACAACAACCCUCCGCCAAUGCAAGUCCCACCUAACACCAUGUACUCUCAGGCUGGCUCAGGGCUGCCUCCACAACCGCAUACACUGGAGGAUAUCCCAUCUGUUCCCCCUGGACCUCCACCAUCGUCUCUGCCUGGGGUGACGCUGUUCAGCCCUCACAGUACAGCAUCCCCUGAUGUUCUCCAAGCGCCCACUCCAGGAGGAUAUGCAUCCUCCUCACACAGUGAACAGGGAUAUUUUCAUUCAAGAGAACACACACCAUCCACAGCAGCGGAGCUGCCACACGCGGCCUCAGCCCCAGUACCGUGUCAGACACCUUUUAACCAGGAAUUUCAUGGACAGCCUCCUCCUCCUCCUCAGCCUGUGCCCUUCCAGCCUGUGCCCUUCCAGCCUGUGCCUCCCACGGCUUCCUCUUCCCAGUGGGCCCCUGAUCACGGAAGUCGUCCUCCAUCAGUUCAAAACUAUUUCCAGCCUACGAGUGACCCUCCACCACAGUCUUUUAAUUUACCUCCACAGACCCAGAUUUACCCCUCCCACACCCCAUCACCCCAUCAAAACACCUCCACCCCUCCAACACAGCCUGGACAUCCCCAGGUCCAGACUGCUGCAAAGGCCCCCAGUUCUCAGUGGGCUGACCCAAAUACACCCCAGCAUCACAAUUCCCACUUCCAAACUCAGAGCUACUUUAGUCAGAGCUCUGCACCCCAGGACUCAUGGUUCAGCCAACCCUCACAGGACUCAGGCUACCACCAAAUGGGGACCGGCCUGAGCCAUCUUCAGUCCCAGCCUGACCCUGCUGGAGCUCAACAUGUGUCCAACACUGGGGCUGUGUCUAGUUCUGUUCCUGCUCCAGUCCCAUACUCACAGGAGUCUGGUACACUCUCAAUGUUCUACAAAGAUGAUGUUGAAAAUGAAGAAACACUGGCCGGAGACAGAAAUAAGGCUGUGAAUGGAAGUCCUGCAUCCUUUCAGCAUCACAGCAACCAUCAAGCCCACAGUGGUCAUGCAGAUGCUCCCUUGGAUUACCAAGGACCUCCUCCACAAGAUCAUUCACAUCUGCCAUACAUGAAUGAUGGUAACCAUGCAUCACAGGGAGUUACACAGAAGCCCCCUGAUUCCCAGUAUGACCAUGUUGAGAAUUUUGAGUGUGUCCCGAACCAGGAAGUAUUACCUAAUGAAACCCAUGGCAGCCCUGCUGCUACUACAGCCCAUGGAGUAGACCAGUUUGAAACCGGGCCAAACCUGGAGACUCCAGAUUCUAUUCCAAGACCAAUGAGAUCUGCCAGUGUGUCAUCAAACUAUAGCAAUAUGAGCCAUGGAAGUGGAACUGGCACUCGUCGGCAUCAGGGGGUAAUAGGUACCUUUAUUCAGCAGGAAAGUCCACGUCUCACAGAUGAAGCUAAUCCGUCUCCUGCCACUGGAGGCUACUUUGAGCAGAUAGAUACUUCUCCAGCUGGAGAUAUAGGUGCGCAGCAGAGCUCCCAUGAGCAGAUGUGGCCUCCCACGCCUAGCCCUCCCAAACCAACUGGUAUCUUUCAGGCCAGCGCUAACAGCUCUUUUGAACCUGUGCGCUCACAUGGGGUUGGGGUGCGUCCUCCUGAAGUUGACAGGGCUAAAAUGGUAGCAGAAGGUGGUGCAGAUUCUGCACCUGGCAACCUUGAGCAGCCACCAGAUAACAUGGAAAAUAUUUACGGGCCAGGACACCCCCUGCCUGCCGGGGUUGGAGGUGGUGUACCUCAUCCUGCACAUCCUGUGGUUCACUCUCACUCACGACCUUCAUCCCGUGCAUAUGGGGCCAGUCGGCCCUGUGAGAGCCCUGCUACUACACUGUGGGCUCAGAAUGAUCCUGCUAGCUUGGGUGCUAAUAUCCUCCUAGCCCCAGCUGCCCCUACAGUUCUUGCCCCUUUACGAGAGCCCAGUGCUGAUGUCAUCCAACCCCCAGAGGAUGGCCCACUGGACCUGCAGCCAUCACAGAGAACCCAGGCAGCUUCACAGCAACACUCAGAGAACCUGGAGAACCCACCAAAGGUGAGUGAGACAGAGCCAGCUGACUCUCAAGGCAACCUCGGCUAUGCGUCUCUCCUUGUGUCCGACUCGCUCCAGCAGCCUGUUUUGAUUGCCCCUCCAGUGUCCAGUUACAGUGUGAUCCCCCCCAGUUCUCCUGCUCAGGCAGCCAGUCAAAGUAGCCUUAGAGAAUCUACCCCACCCGUGAGACCGCUCACACAGGGGCAGGGUGCCAGUACCUCCCAGCCACCUUCAGUAACCUCUAAUCAGAAUCCACUGUUUGCCCCUGGACCAGUAAGCUUCACUUCUUCAGUCCCUAACCAGGGUGCACUGAAUCUGACCCUGGACAACACAGAAGCGGCGAAAUCAGACAUCAUGGCUCCACCACAGUCUCAGCCAGCCCACCCUCCUCUUUCAAGGGGUCAGUCAUUGGAUGCUGACAACCACUCUGCUCUCCAGGUUAAUCCACAGGCUUCUCUUGUGACUCCCCCUGUCUCUAAUCAUAAUCAGCCAUCAAAUUAUGAACUGCUUGAUUUUUCUAUGCACCAAUCACAAACCCAGAAUCAAGCUUCUGCCCAUCCUUCCUCACUACAUGAGUCUCCACAGUCUAGUAAUGGAUUUUACCUACAGGUCACCAAAGAUGCUCAGCAGGGGUUAAGAGUGAAAGGGAAUGCCCCUGUCCAGACCCCGACCUCUUCAUCUACCCCACAGCCACCACCAACACCAACACCCUCCCAAGCUGCUCCAAACACCCAGCCAAUACCAGAUGAACCUCCUAAGACAUCAGAUUCUCAGGCUGUGCUGCAGGGACAAAAUGUUGCUCCACCUGUUCCUGUGGGUGGAACACAACCCUCCCACAGCCAGUAUCCAACUCCAGCACAGGGGAUUGCUGCAGGGAGUGCCCCUCCCUCUACUGCUGCAUAUCCCCCAGGACCUCGUGGACCAGUACCUCCAGGUGCUCCCCAACAGGCUCCUGCAGAGCCACCCCGGCCACCCUCAUCUGCAGGCAGCCAACAAGGCUAUGGGCCCCCUCCUCCAGUGCCAGGGCAGAUGUAUGGUGGUUAUUAUGGUAAUUAUGGAGAAUACCCCGAUAGCAGAGCACCAUAUCCUCCCGGGCAGUACCCACCACCACCUGGGGAUCCCAGAGUACAUCAGUAUUAUCAAGAUGGUUCAUACAGGAGCAGAGCAGAUCCCUGGUAUGGCAGAUACGAAGGGCAGACCCCAGCUUAUCGUGAUCCAAACUACCAGUACAGAGAGCCUCAGCCAGAGCGACCCAGCUCCAGGACCAGCCAGUACUCUGACAGGCCCUCAUCCAGACAAGGUUAUCCUGACGACUACCACAGAGCAAACCGAAGUGCCUAUAGUGACUAUUAUGCAGAUUACGCCAAGCACUAUGACUAUGGAGGCUACAACUAUGGACAGUAUGACCCCCGGUACAGAGCAUACUAUGACCAGUCCUACUGGUCUAGUUAUGAUGAGGGCUACAGAGGCAGAGACUACUACAAUCAACACACGUAUCCUCCCAGGAAAGACGGCUACGAUGAUCAGUGGCGGUACUAUCCUGGUUACGAUGCCAGUUUCGAUGAUGAUUACCGUCGUCGUGGAGACAUGUACGGCGAUGACUUUGACCGGCGCAGCGUCCACAGCGAGCAGUCGGCACACAGUGUGCACAGCUCUCACAGCCACCACAGCAGACAAAGCAGCUUCAGCUCACGGUCACAACAGAGCCAAGUGUACAGAAGCCAGCCUGACCUGGUGUCAGCAGUCUAUGACACCACAUCAUCCACUCUGGCUGUGGACUACUCCUAUGUACAGUAUCCAAACCAGACUGAUGCUUCCCAGAACUAUAGCCAGUACCUCUAUCCGUCAGAGAGCACCUGGAACGCCCCCGAGCAACCUCCUCCUCGUCCUGCAACCCCAGAGAAGUUCACCAUGCCCCACCGCUGUGCCCGCUUUGGACCAGGUGGCCAUCUGGUCCAAGUUCUGCCCAAUCUGCCCUCAGCUGGUCAACCUGCUCUUGUUGAUAUCCACAGCCUGGAGACCAUGCUACAGGACACCCCGGAUCAGACAGAACUGCGAGCCUUCCCUGGUCCUCUCGUUAAAGAGGAGACCCAUAAGGUGGACGUGAUCAAGUUCUCCCAGAACAAGGCACUGGAGUGUUCCCGUGACAACAACCUCCUGGACCGGGACUCCGCCCGCCUGCUUUGGGACUUCAUUGUGCUGCUCUGUAGACAAAACGGGACCGUGGUCGGCACGGACAUCGCUGACCUCCUGCUGAAGGAGCACCGCUCUGUCUGGCUGCCGGGCAAAAGUCCUAACGAAGCCAACUUGAUUGACUUUAACAAUGAACCACUGGCACGAGCUGAAGAAGAGCCUGGAGCUGGACCGCUUUCCCUCCUGUCCGACACCUUCAUGAUUGUCCCUGAGAACGUUGGCAAAGAAACGGAGCGCUUCAGGGAGCUGCUGCUGUUUGGCCGCAAGAAGGAUGCGCUAGAAGCAGCCAUGAAAGGAGGUCUGUGGGGCCACGCUCUGCUGCUGGCCAGUAAAAUGGACAAUAGGACACAUGCACGAGUCAUGACAAGGUUUGCCAACAGUUUGCCCAUCAAUGACCCUCUGCAGACAGUGUACCAGCUGAUGUCAGGGAGGAUGCCUGCAUCAGCCACUUGCUGCGGAGAGGAGAAGUGGGGUGACUGGCGCCCCCACCUGGCCAUGGUGCUGUCAAACCUCACACACACCCUGGACCUGGAUACUCGCACAAUCACCACCAUGGGUGACACUCUCGCUUCCAAGGGGCUGAUUGACGCUGCACACUUCUGCUACCUGAUGGCCCAAGUUGGUCUGGGAGUUUUCACAAAGAAGAGCACCAAGAUGGUUCUGAUCGGCUCCAAUCACAGUUUGCCCUUUUACCAAUUUGCGACCAAUGAAGCCAUCCAGAGGACUGAGGCCUAUGAGUACGCUCAAUCUCUGGGCUCCCAGCAGUACUCGCUACCCAAUUUCCAGGUGUUCAAGUUGAUCUAUGCAUGCCGUUUAGCUGAAGCAGGCCUGAGCGCUCAAGCCUUCCACUACUGUGAAGUUGUCUCCCGGGCUGUCCUCAUGCAGCCUGCCUACUACUCUCCUGUUUUCAUAAGCCAAACCAUCCAGAUGUCUGAAAAGCUGCGAUUCUUUGAUCCACAACUGAAAGAGAAGCCAGAGCAGGAGCUGUUCAAUGAGCCUGAAUGGCUGAUCCAGCUCCGACAGCUGGAUGGACAGAUCAGGACGGGGGUGAUUAAAUACAGGGAAGACAGAACAACUCCGACACAGUUUGACUGCAGCAGCCCCAGCUCUGACUUGGAUGAGCCCAGUCCACCUGAACCUUACAACAUGCCUGUGGAGCUGGACGGCCCCACGCCUGACAACCCACUAAUGAGCUCAUUAUUGCCCGGGCCUCCACCACAAGGAGUACAGCUGAUGCCUCCAGCUCCUACUUCCAUCCUCCAAGAUGGCAUGGCCCCUCCUCAGCCUUUAUCCUCUAAUGAUGUGCCCCAGUUCUACCCAGUACCUCCCAUUGGACCUCCAGGCCAGAUCCCUGUCUCAGGUUACCCUCCACAGGAUCCUGGCUUUGCUCCUCCUUUCCAGCCUCAACCUGAGCAGCCAGAAAUGUAUCCAGGAGCCACCCAUCAGCAGCCCCCACAUCUUCAAGCUGGCCAGAUGUCACCACACAUGGCCCCUCAGAUGCCUCAUUCACCUGUGCAGAUGAAUCCCCCCCUGCCCCAGAUGCCCCACCACAUGCCCCCCUCCCCGGGGCAUGUGCCACCCACAGACCAGCUCUCCCAUGCCCCUCCAGAGAUGCAUAAUGCUCAACCAAUAUCGUCCUCCCCACUCAGAAGCUCCUUCAUGCCGCAGACGGACUUCUAUGACCAGAUGGCUCACAUGGGUCCUGGGAGGAGGUCAAGGACUACGUCACAGUCUUCAACACAUAUGGCUCCAGGACGUCGCUCUCGCACCACAUCUGAAUCUUCCACCCACUCUGGCGGAAGAGAGCGGAGCAACUCUGCUAUCAAGCAGGCGUCUCCACCUCCGCCUUCAAUUCCUGAGCAGCCCCGCAAAGAAGAGGCCAAGAAAGCGAAGAAGGAUUCCCCGAAAAAGGGUGGCGGUGGUAGCUGGCUCAAAAACUGGCUCUGGAAAGGCAAGAAUGAGGCUCACUUGCCAGAUGACAAAAACAAAUCUAUUGUGUGGGACGAACAGAAGCAGAAAUGGGUGGACUUGAACGAGCCUGAAGAGGAGAGUAAGCCCCCUCCCCCUCCUCCCUCUGGCUUCCCCGCGAUGCCUCACAUGCCUGGUCCUGGGGGGCCUGCUGCACCCCCGAGUAGUGGUCCUCCUGUCAACGUGUUCUCCAGGAAGGCAGGCACAAGGAGCAGAUAUGUGGACGUUCUGAACCCCGGUCGAACUACUAAACCAGGCGGCUUACCUCCCGCUCCUGCAGACAUCUUUGCUCCUUUGGCACCAAUGGCCAUGCCCACAAACCUCUUUGUGCCUAGUUCAGCUCCUGACGAUCAACAGCCUCUAGAGGGCAGCGAAGGAGGAAGCCUGGAGCAGAAUUCGCCAAAUGCCAGCGCUGCUCCACAGAUGUUCAACCCAACGUUGUUACCACCUGCCCCAGAGGGUCCUCCUGUGCCCGAAGGCUCACAGUCCGGAGAGCUCUCACGUUCUAGCUCAAUGAGUUCUUUAUCACGCGAAGUGAGUCAGCAUUUAAACCAGAGUCAUCCUGCCCAGGGAGUCGCACCCACGGGAGGCGUCACCUUUUACAACCCUGCACAGUUUGCACAGACGAGUGCACCAUCGGGAGGUGGACACCGCGCUGGUCGCUUGGGCGGUCAGCGCCAGUACCCAGUGUUGAAAUAAACAUCAUCUUGCUUAGAGAUUGUGUAAACGGACUUGUUGGAUAGAGUGGACAUCUUACCUGGAAGUAAAUGAAGCACAUGGACAUACUGCUCUCUGUCUUAAGGACCCUUCUUUUUUGCCUGCACCUAAGAAGAGCCUAAUCGGUCUCCACGCUGUCGAUCUUUGUCCAACAGCUUAACCACUCGCUCAUCUUGUAUCUCUGGAUCCGUUUUUAACAGGCACGUUGUUUUCUCAAAGGGCUUUUUUCCCCGCAUACAAACCGAAACCAGACAGCCGUACGGUGGCUUUUAACACACACGAAAAGGUUUAUCCAUCAAUGCAUUCAUACGCAAACUGUGUGUUCCUGAAGGCAUCAUUUAGCAUACGAUAAAUAUGUUGCUCCUUCCCCCUCAAACUAACAGAAUGAUCACCCAAGAUCCUCUUUUAGCUUUCCCUUUGUGUGAAGUCCAAAUGCCCAUGUGUGAUUAAAUGAGUGUGCGUGUGUGAGAUGGAUAGAAAGAAAGUGGCACCUUUUUAAUUUCAUAUUGUGACCUUGUACGUGCAUUUGCAUCUCUUCAGUGCUCCUCUGUCAGCUGCAGAUAGCCGUCAGUGUGAGAAUGAAUCAUGUCAGUAGUGCAUCGUCUGCUGUGUUGUUUUGCUCUUCCUCAGUCGCCCUCCAGUGAAGGAAGGAUGUCAAACGACACACAGGAAAGAGACUCCAACUGGCCUCACGUAGCCGAGAGCUGGAGAAAGUCUGCGUUGUUAGGACGCUGCUCGUUUCAGAUAUUUAUUUCAAUGUCCUCCCUACCUGUCAGCAACUCUCAAAGAUGCGUCGGGGUCUUUCGUCCGAGUUGGGCUUCGGUUUCUCCUGAGAAAUUUGACAGCGUCACUGAAACGAGGGGUGGUCUUCAGAACAGCAGGAAUUGGGAUUAAAAACCGCAUUUAAAUGUUGCUAACAAUAAAUCUAUCCAAAUAUUUGUAUAUCAGAUUGAUUGUAUUUAUGAGCUGUAGGGAUAAAGCUGUGUGUGUGUGUGUGAUGUGUGUGUGCGGGCGCGUGUGUGGAGAGCGACUAAUUUUUUCUGAUUAGCUUUGAAGAAAUGCAUUUAUGAAUCACCAGAGAUGACGCGGAUUCAUUUGUAUCGGCCGCUUCUGCAGACAAAUAAAACUUUAUCUAAAUUGUGGAAUGACA